AUGUUCGAAGUGUUCAACGUGCCCAAGAUGUCGUUGGUGAACAAGGCGACACUUGCUCUGUAUAGCGCCGGCAAGACCACUGGCCUGGUGGUCGAUUCCGGAUACCAGAGCACACAAGUCGUUCCCAUUUACGAAGGAUUUCCGCUUUCGCACGCCAUGCGAAAUAUACCGGUCGGCGGAUGGCACUUGACUCAGUUUCUCAAGCAAAUGAUUAACGGUCGAGGUUAUAGCUUGACCACGGUGAAAGACUGUGGGAGGAUUAAACACAUAAAAGAAACGUUUUGCUACAACGCUGUAGACUUUGAAAAGGAAAUGGCGAAUUUUGGCAGGGACAAGGAACAGAGAUACACGUUGCCAGACGGAAUGAUUGUCAACAUUAAUAAUGAAGCCAUCCGAUGCCCCGAAGUGCUGUUCGAUCCCUCUUUGAUCACGGACGCCGGCGUGCCCGCCGUGGGCGGCGUCCACAGCCAGAUACGAGCGUCGAUCGGCGACUGCAACGUCAACUUGCGCCACGUCAUGUACGACAACAUCUUGUUGGCCGGCGGCAACACGCUUUUCCGGGGGUUUCCCGAACGGCUCAAGGCGAUGAUCGACGGGGACUCGCCCAACACGGAGGUCGGGAUCGACGCGCCGCCCGAGCGCAAGUACUCCACGUGGAUCGGCGGCUCCGCGUUGGCCUCGUCGUCGUACUUCAACCGGGUGUGCAUCGAGAGAGCCGAUUACGACGAGCAGGGCUCCAAGAUAGUGCAACUGAGGAACAUCCGAAACAUACAAGAGUGA